UUGCAUUGCGGAUUCCGUUUUUCAUUCCGCAUCUCCGUCGAUGUUGGGUGUUAUAAGGAGACUUCUGCACUCUCAACUCUCUUGGGCAUAGGUUCACAAAAAGUAAAUAGAGUCAUGACAAUGAUAGGGGAUGGGAUCUUUGGGCUGGGUUUAUUGGUCUGCUACAGUACGGAGGUUGCACUUGUUGCUUGUUUGGUUUCUCGCGUAUUGAGCAACGGUUUUUGCAUGGACGUGUUGUUGUGGGCAAGCAGCGUCUUGGCGGGAUGGAUUCUGACAUUCGGGUGCGAGAAGAUGGAGAUAUCGUCCUAGAUACACAUCAGGUACGAAUCUAAUACAGAUGAAAAGCAAUCAUA